CGAUUCAGGGGGGAGCCGGAGCCGGAGGAGCCUGCCCAGUCACGCCCGCCCGCCCGCCGGAACAGCAGCUUCCGUCUGCUCUAGGUGCUUCUGCUGAGCAAAAGAGGCCGAUACCGGGAUCGACUCCAGCAAUGGCCUUUGCAAACCUGCGGAAAGUGCUCAUCAGUGAUAGCCUGGACCCCUGCUGCCGGAAGAUCCUGCAAGAUGGAGGGCUGCAGGUGGUGGAGAAGCAGAACCUGAGCAAAGAGGAGCUCAUAGCCGAACUGCAAGACUGUGAAGGCCUCAUUGUCCGCUCAGCCACCAAGGUAACUGCUGAUGUGAUCAAUGCGGCAGAGAAGCUCCAGGUGGUGGGCAGGGCUGGCACAGGUGUAGACAACGUGGACCUAGAAGCUGCGACAAGAAAGGGCAUCCUGGUCAUGAACACCCCCAAUGGGAACAGUCUCAGCGCUGCAGAACUCACCUGUGGCAUGAUCAUGUGCUUGGCCAGGCAGAUACCCCAGGCAACGGCUUCCAUGAAGAGUGGCAAGUGGGAUCGGAAGAAGUUUAUGGGCACAGAGCUGAAUGGAAAGACCCUAGGGAUUCUUGGCUUGGGCAGAAUUGGGAGAGAGGUGGCCACCCGGAUGCAGUCCUUUGGAAUGAAGACUGUAGGAUAUGAUCCCAUCAUUUCACCAGAGGUCUCAGCCUCCUUUGGGGUACAGCAGUUGCCCUUGGAAGAGAUCUGGCCCCUGUGUGACUUCAUCACUGUGCACACGCCUCUCCUGCCCUCCACCACAGGCUUGCUGAAUGACGGUACCUUUGCUCAGUGCAAGAAAGGGGUGCGCGUAGUGAACUGUGCACGGGGCGGGAUUGUGGAUGAAGGCGCUCUGCUGCGGGCCUUGCAGUCGGGGCACUGUGCGGGGGCUGCACUAGAUGUGUUCACAGAGGAGCCACCCCGGGAACGAGCGUUGGUGGACCACGAGAAUGUCAUCAGCUGCCCACAUCUGGGCGCCAGCACCAAGGAGGCACAGAACCGUUGUGGGGAGGAGAUUGCAAUGCAGUUCGUGGACAUGGUGAAGGGGAAGUCUCUAACAGGAGUGGUUAACGCCCAGGCCCUCACCAGUGCCUUCUCUCCACACACCAAGCCUUGGCUUGGUCUGGCUGAAGCUCUGGGGACACUGAUGCGAGUCUGGGCUGGGUCCCCCAAAGGGACCAUCCAUGUGGUGACACAGGGAACAUCCCUGAAGAAUGCUGGGAACUGCCUUAGCCCUGCUGUCAUUGUUGGCCUCCUGAAAGAAGCCUCCAGCCAGGUGGAUGUGAACUUGGUGAAUGCCAAGCUACUGAUGAAAGACGCUGGCCUCAAUGUCACCACCUCCCAUAACCUCGCAGUUCCUGGAGAGCAAGGCUGUGGAGAAAGCCUUCUGACUGUGACCCUGGCUGGUGCCCCCUAUCAGGCUGUGGGCUUGGUUCAGGGAACCACACCUGUGCUGCAGGGGCUCAAUGGAGCUGUCUUCAGACCGGAAGUGCCUCUGCGCCGUGGUCUGCCUCUGCUCAUGUUCCGAGCACAGUCUUCCAACCCUGCCAUGCUGCCAACCAUGAUUGGUCUUCUGGCAGAGGCAGGUGUGCAGUUGCUGUCCUACCAGACCUCGUCCACCUCUGAUGGGGCGACCUGGCACGUCAUGGGCCUCUCCUCCCUGCUGCCCGACCUGGAGGCCUGGAAACAGCAUGUGGCUGAGGCUUUCCAGUUCUUCUUCUGACCUUUGGACUGGUUCUUGCAUCCCAACCUUGCUUCUGGGGCUUUCUCAAAGAAGCCUGGCUGGUUGUCAUCAAUGGGGAAAAUAGAACCCUAAUCCUGGAGCCCGCAGACUCAUCUGACCUUUGUAGUACAGCAAUAACCUCCAAAUAAAAGAUCUUCCCCAAGA